UGUAAACAAUCUAGUCAUUUUUGCAGUGUCAAAUAUAAAUUAAUUUAAUUGAAACUCAGUUUAUUAGGAAUGCCUGGAAUUUUUUAGAGACUGCAAUUUAAUGUACUACAUUAAUUAAAAUUGAACGACAAGAAACCACUUCUGACAUUUAAAUCAAGAAUUUAACUUAAGCGUUCGACCUUCAUAGGUUGUCUUUCACUUAAUUUAUGCAUAGGUACUAAGACGUACAGGUUUAAUGAUGUCUGUUAUUAAAAUCAUCAAUGCAAACUCGCUCAACUGGUAUCUCAAGUACUUUGGUUUGCCACUGGCCAUUGGAGUUACCAUGUUUCGUUUAUGUUUGCAAAAAACAAAUCGCAAACGAAGAGAUGCUUUGCAAGGAAAGAUAGUUGUCAUAACUGGUGCCAGUUCAGGAAUUGGAGAGGCUUUGGCUCAUGUUUUUUAUGAGUAUGGUUGCAAAGUGGUUUUAGCCUCAAGAAGGAGAACAGAACUAGAGAGAGUUAAAGAAGAACUGUUAUCUAAAAAACAACUUUCACCAACUGAAGAACCUGUUGUAUGUGAACUGGACUUGUCAAAUUUAGGUCAGUUGGAGUCAUUUGUUCAAAAAAUAUAUGAUACUUGUGGUAAAAUUGACAUACUAAUCAACAAUGGUGGAGUAUCUCACCGUGGCUCAAUUCUUCACACAACAAUGGAAGUGGAUACGAAAAUUAUGAAUACCAACUAUUUUGGUUCUGUUGGAUUAACUAAAGCGGUGUUACCCAGAAUGGUUGAAAAAAAAAGUGGACAUGUGGUAUUUAUAAGUUCGGUACAGGGAUUGAUUGCCUUACCAGAUCGUUCAGCCUAUGCAGCUUCCAAACAUGCUAUGCAGGCUUUUGCAGAUUCCUUGCGCUCUGAAAUGUUUCAACACAAUAUCAAUGUGUCUGUUGUCAGCCCAGGAUAUGUGAAGACAGCAGUUUCAUUAAAUGCUCUAACUGGUAGUGGAGAUAGCCAUGGAGUGAUGGAUAAAAAUACAGCAGCUGGGUUUACUUCCGAGUAUGUGGCAAUGAAGAUUUUGGACAUGGUAGUCAAUAAAAACAAUGAACUAGUAAUAAGUCAAUUCUUGCCAAACUUAGCUAUAUUCCUAAGACACUCAAUGCCUUCUUUAUAUUUUUGGAUAAUGGCAAGACGGGCUAACAAAACGAAUUAAAUAAUGUAAAUAUAACACAUAAAAUAUAAUCAAUUUAAAUUUAGAGAUGCCCAUAUUAAUUUGCUUACUUUUAUAAGGCAAUGGGGUGUAUACUUUACUGUAUGUAAUGUUUACAAAGAAUUUAUUAUUGAAAUAAAACAAAAUUUGUA